AUGUUCAAAGAACCUGAUACGGAUACUGUAAAUCAAACAUACCUCGACGCAGUUUUGACCCCAGAAUCAGGGACGACUACACAAGCAAUGACACCUUCCACCCCACCCAGAUCGAGAGGCACUAGGUAUCUUACACAGUCCAACGCCAAUGCUGGCUCUAACGGGAUGAUGCAACCGCAAAGGACCCCUCAAAAGCCUUCACAGAACUUGGUCCCUGUUACUCCAUCGACAGCUAGGCCGUUCAAGAAUGCGCCAUUACUAGUGCCUCCCAACGCGAGCAUGGGUAUGACCUCCCCAUUCAAUGGACUUACUUCACCUCAACGCUCACCUUUCCCGAAAUCUUCAGUCAAGAGAACACUAUUUCAAUUUGAAAGCCACGAUGAUGAGAUAAUAAGGGAGGAACAGAAACCGUUGGGUCGUGUGAAUAGAAUGUUGUUUCCCACUGAAGGUGUGCAGCAGGAUGAAGAGGAGGAGGAGGAAGUGUUGCUCCCCCCCAGCAGACCCACCUCUGCCAGGCAGUUGCACUUAUCACUCGAUAGAAAUGAACUUGAUGAAGCGUACAGAAAGAAGAUUAUUAAAGAUGUACCCGGUACGCCCAGCGACAAGGUGAUAACGUUUGAACUGGCCAAGAAUUGGAACAACUAUUCCCCACAAAACGGAACCAGUAGCCAAGAAAGCGGAGAUGAGGAAGAAGUCAUCAUCAGAUCAGCACAAGUAGGUAAAAAUCCCUUUGCAUCGGAAGAAGCAGUCACUCGGGAGAUUAGGAGUGAACGCAAGAAAGCAUUAUUAAGAGAAAACCCUGAUAUAGAAGAUGUGAUAACUUAUGUUAACAAAAAGGGCGAAGUAGUAGAGAAACGAAGGCUCACUGAUGAAGAGAAACGAAGGUUCAAACCAAGGGCAUUGUUUCAAACUGGGGAUCAAGAGCAUUGA